CACAACCUCAAUUCGUGUAGGUAAGUGUAGCUUCUUUCCAAGCACAGCAUUAACCCUCUCGACGGGGUUAGCUCUGAAACUCUGAUGGGAGCCUGGAGGGCAACGUCUCCCUUCCGAUUAAGCAACGACUUCGAAAUUCAAUUAUUUAAAAGCAAUUUCGGGUUUAGUAUAAGGUAAGGUAACAAUUGCUAUUGGCUUGAAUCAAAGUGAAAAGACCCUCCUUUUCUUUUUCUACUAAGAAAAAGAUUGCUGGGUAGUGGAGUUACUCGACGAAGCUUUCCAAAGUUAAACGAUACCUCAGCACUAGCAGUGGUUACCACCUCAGCAAUUGAAAAGAAAACCAGGGAGGGAGAAUCUUUUAAGGUUAUUGCAACCCAAGUUCUCAGCAAUCCAGCAGAAGAUAGAAGAUGGGAAACAGGGUGGCUACCAUGUCAUACAAAUUCCGAAGAAGACAUAAGAAACCAAAAGGGGUUGUUGAGUUCAAGGUCAUCUCCAAGCCUAUUGUGCAAAAGCACCACAGCAAUGAUGAGGAGGUAUUCUUCACACCCAAAUCAUAUCACAGUGAGGAUGAAGAAGAUCAACAAAAUAAAGAUAACAUGAAAAUCUCAGAGGAAUUGCUGUCUCUUGAUUCCCAGAUUGAUAUUCCAACUUUCGUUUGUGAAAUUUGUGUUGAAUCAAGAGCCUUAAAUGACUCCUUCAGUCUCAUGGGUUGCGCGCACUUCUACUGUACUGAAUGCACUGUUAGAUAUGUAAGUUCCAAGCUUGAUGACAAUCUUACAAGCAUUUCAUGCCCAGUAUCAGGCUGUGAAGGAGUGUUAGAGCCUGAUUACUGCCGCAAUAUCCUCCCAAAGGAUGUGUUUGAUAGGUGGGGUGUCGCUUUAUGUGAGUCUGUGAUUGAUAAUUCCCAGAAAUUCUAUUGUCCUUAUGAGGAUUGCUCGGUGUUGCUGAUUAAUGAUACAGGAGGGCAUAUUGAAAAUACAGUGUGUCCUUUCUGUGAAAGAGAAUUUUGUGUCAAGUGUAAGGUUCCUUGGCAUCCGGAGAUUAAUUGUAAGAAGUUUCAGAAAUUGAAGAAGAAAGGUGAUGAUAGUUUGUUUGUUGAUCUUGCUAAGAGGAAGAACUGGAGGAGGUGUCCGAAGUGCAAGUACUACGUUGAAAGAUCACUUGGCUGCUUCUAUAUGAAGUGCAGGUCAGUUUCCUUUUUUUCUUUUCUUUUUUUUUUUCUUCCAGUUUUUCCCCUGUUCUCUCAAAUGGGUAUCAUAUAUAAUUCAUGUUUUUACUACUUGAUACUCUUGUGCCUCAGUGACCUGAUGUGUCAUGGUCCCAAAAACUAUUCGGAUAAUUUUGUUUUGAUUAGAGUGCCUUCUAUAAAAGGCCACAGGCUUUUGCAUAUUUGCUCAUCCUGAGUCAUAGUAUUUUCAUGUUUGUUAAGUCUUGUGAUAUGAACACAUUUAGUAACAAGUUGUUUAGGGAGAGAGGGAUAGUGGACCUCUGCUAGGGUGGGUGGGCCAAUGCGGCCUUCAAAUUUUGUCCCGGUUCUCAUCGGGGUAGCGACUUCUGUUAAUGGCUUGUAUUUUUCACUUAUAUUCAUAGACCGAAUUGUGACCUAAAAAAUUGUUCGCUGCAAUAUGAAAGUAAAUUAUAUGAAAACUGUUUUUAGUUUUGAAAGUUUUGUAUCACACUCUUUUUUAUUGUACUGAAACUUUAUCUCUAUUUUAAUUGUAAACAUAUCUAUUCUUUAUUUCUUCUCUUUUAUAUUGUGAUCGCUUCUAAAUUUGUGUACUUGUUAUGACAAUAUCCUUAUGUGAUUC